AAUUCUCGCGAGAUUUAGCGGCAUCCAAGUAGCGCCCCAUUCUGAGACGAUAAAAGAUCAUAUCUGACCUAAAAGCGGUUAUCAGCGACAGGGGACAUCAUUCAGAUCUGAAUAUAGAAGUCCGAAACUAAAUAGAUAUGUUGCUGCGACACUAAUAGUACGGAAUAUUCAGCGAGAUAAAACAUAGCCGGGAGCCGGUUCACUAGCAUGCCGCAGCUAGCUGGAUGCUAACGUUAGCCUCUCUGAGCACAACGUGAAGAUCUUCAGUGUUCGUCCUCUAGUCUUGUUUCUUUAACCAUGAAGUGUCACUACGAAAUUUUGGGAGUGAAACGGGACGCAGGGGACGAUGAUCUAAAGAAGGCGUACCGCAAAUUAGCCCUCAAAUGGCACCCAGAUAAAAACCUGGACAAUGCUGAGGAAGCAGCAGAGCAUUUCAAGUUGAUUCAGGCAGCUUACGAUGUCCUGAGCGAUCCACAGGAGAGAGCAUGGUAUGAUAAUCACAGGGAGGCACUGCUGAAGGGUGGGCUGAGUGGAGAUUAUGAAGAUGACAGCAUUGACCUGCUGCAGUACUUCACAGUCACCUGCUACUCUGGCUAUGGAGAUGAUGAGAAGGGCUUUUACGCAGUUUACAGGAAUCUUUUUGAAUCCAUUGUCAAAGAGGAGAUGGAGAACAGCAGGGUGGAUGAUGAAGAGGAGGAGCAGGAGGAGUUUCCUCCGUUUGGAGACUCUCAGAGUGAUUAUGAUACCGUCGUGCACCUGUUCUACGGGUACUGGCAGAGCUUCUGCACUCGCAAAAACUUUGCCUGGAAGGAGGAGUACGACACCAGGCAGGCGUCCAACCGCUGGGAGAAGCGAGCCAUGGAGAAAGAGAACAAGAAGACCAGAGAGAAGGCCCGGAAGGAGCGCAACGACCUGGUGCGGCAACUGGUGGCCUUCGUCCGCAAGCGGGACCGCCGUGUGCAGGCCCACCGCAAGCUGGUGGAGGAGCAGAACGCCGAGAAGGUCAAGAAGGUGGAGGAGCUGAGGCGGCAGCAGAAACUCAAACAGGCCAAGCUGGCAGAGGAGUAUAAGGAGCAGAGCUGGGCGGCCAUGUCUGAGCUCGAGAAGGAGCUGCAGCAGAUGGAAGCUCAGUACGGAAAGGAGUUUGGAGACGCAUCGGAGAGCGAGGAAGAGGAGCCGGACAUGGAGAAAAACAGUGAAGAGGGGGGAGAAGCAGAUCAGCCUGAUGAAGACGCCAUGAUGAUCGACGACUUCGACGAUCUCUACUGUCCGGCCUGUGACAAAUCCUUCAAGUCAGACAAAGCUAUGAAGAACCACGAGAAAUCCAAAAAGCAUCGGGAGAUGGUAGCGUUGCUACGACAACAGCUGGAGGAAGACGAUGACUUAGUCGGUUUGAACGUAGACGGAAAAGAGGGGACAGAGGAUGAACUGGAGCAACAGGAGGAGGAAGAGGAGGAAGAAAAGCCGAGACAGAAGCUGUCCAAAAAGCAGAAGAAGAAAAAGAAACAGCAGAAAGUCGCACAACAAAGUGCUUCAGAGGAGGAGGAGAAAGACGAGGAGAAGGCGGCGCCGACGGCGCCGACCUCCUGCCAGGAAGAGACUCCCGAGAAGCCUGCGGACGCCGCAGAGCCUGAGAAGCAAGACGAGGAUCUCCCUGCCCAACAAGCCAAGAGCAGCUCUGGAAAGACCAAAGGAAAGAAGGGAGGAGGGAAGGACAAACCAAAGAACGUCAAGCCACAGACAGAAGAACAGUUUCCUGAGAAAGAACUGAUCCUUCGCUGCGUCACAUGCAACAACGAAUUCCCCACGAGAAACAAGCUGUUUGACCACCUGAAGACCAGCGGCCACGCCACCGCUCUCUCCGGCGCUCCUCAGAGCUCCACGAGCAAAAGUAAAAAAGACAGGAAGAAGAACAGAUAGCGCACCUCAGCGUGAACUGAAAGAGUCUGACUCUGAAAUAUGGCUGGGAGAAACGUCUCAGGAGUCUGGAAAGAUGGCUGGCUGAGAACACAGGCUGCUGCUGCUUCCUUUUUUUUUUGUUUUUAUUUAACACUGCACUCAGAUCAGUGAAGAACUUGAGUCUUCCAGACUGAAACGAUUGAUAUUCAUAGAGAACGUCCUUGUCGGUCAUUCUGAGAGUGAUUCUGUAAAUUCAUAUUUGAACAACCCUGCAAUCAUUUCUGGAAAACACUUCAUGUAAAAUACUUUAUUUUGAUCCUAAAGGAAAAAAAAACACAUGCCUGUUUUUAUUGAAUAAUUGCUGCUUUAUUGGUGGAACUAAAUAUUUUAAGUAGUCUGAAUGCCUGCAUCUCUUUUAAAUGCACAAAAUGUUGCUGACUCGCAGUGAUAAUGGUGUUUUCAGUCAUGAUCAUGAAGCUGUUGAAGGCAGAAAUUCAACUAAAUGAGCUCAAAACAUUGCAAUUUGUCUCUUAAAGAUUUCCAGAUAUGAAGUCCAUCAUUUUCUGUUCUUCAUCUCACUUUAUGUCCAUGUAAUGACUAACGGGUCUGAUUUAAAAACUCCCAGGAGGAAACUUACACCUUCCUUGGCUGGAUGCAGAAUAUCUGAAAUGGUCAAAAUAACACCAGAUUAAACCAAGUAAAGAAACCCACAGUAUCGCCUGUCACAUCUUUAAGUAAAAAUGCUUCAUAGAGGGAAAUCUCAGGAGCUCAUCUGGUGCAACUUCUAUUUGCUCCUCAUUGGUUAUAAAGUAUUCAUCCCCUUUUA